CUCCUGCUCUCGCACGAUGUAGGGAAUACAAUUCUAUUUCCGCUGGAUCUCUUGUCAACACAUUGGUCGUGCGCAGCUGCCGCUCUUCUUCGUAAGCCUCGGAUGACAGCUGCUGACAGAGAUGACCCACUCCACUCAUGGUACCCACUCUAUCUUUGAGUUCCUGUAUAAAACUAUGGCCAAGUCAACUCUUUUUGUCCAUCUUCCCAUACAAUGAAGGUACUCGUCCUAGGCGCUUCUGGAUUCAUCGGCUUCCCUGCUGCCCAAGCACUUGCACGCGCAGGCCACAUUGUCUACGGUCAAACCCGCUCUGCCCAAAAAGCCAAGCAGCUCUCCGCUGAAGAAAUCAUACCCAUCGUCGCUGAGCCGGUCUCACCCAAAUGGCUCAACAUUGUCCCUACGCUCGACGUGAUCAUUGAAGCUAUCGGUGGGAGCGCCAAAAUAGCCUUCCUCUCAGCCGAGAUUCUGCAAGCUGUCAUAGACACCGUCAAGUCUUCCCGCGACCCCAGCGCGCCAAAGCUCACGUACAUAUACACUUCUGGGACUUGGGUUCAUGGCGACAACCGCACCGAUAUUGUCACCGACACCAGCCCACUGACCAAUCCUGUCGAGUUAGUUAAAUGGCGUCCUGCCCAUGAACAGCGGGUCAUGAAAGAGCCAACCUUGAACGGCAUCGUUAUCCGUCCCUCGAUGCUUUAUGGGCGUUCCGGGUCUAUUUUUGCGACCUUGUUUGGAGAAGCGGAGAAAGCAAAGAAAGAGGGAAGGAAGUUGACCUUUGCGGGCAGGCCGGGAGGGAGGUUCGCACUGGUUCACGCAGACGAUUUGGCGGAUUUGUAUGUAAGAGUAGCAGAGAAAGCUGCAAUCUGCGGGGGAAAGGCAUUUGAUGCUGCGAAUGAUUUCACUGAGUCGGUUGAUGAGAUUUUGGCAGUCGUUGCAAAAGUUGCAGGCGUGGAGGACGGUUUUGCGUACAGGGAACCAGCAAACCGUAAGCUUUAUCACUCUCUUUGAAACUCUCUUGACAUUUUCCCUUAGCUUUCGAGAGUGCUGUGGGAACGACAGCUCUGCUAAGACCGUACCUUGCUCGAGCACUUGUUGGAUGGCAGCCACGAAAAAUGGGACUCGUGGAGGGUAUUGCUGUAUAUUAUGCUGCUUACUUGGUCUCCCUAUGAGAUCUUGACGUUAGCAACCAGGAAUUACAUGCUUAUUUAAAAUAACACCGAUGUACAGUAUGUAGUAAGACUUUUCGGAGAAUCCGCUUGGAGGGCAAGAC